AUCAUCGUCAUCAUUCUGCACUCACGGCGAGUAUUCUGCUGAAGUGAAGACGUGAAAAUUGUUGUCUUAGUCGCAAGGAGGGUUUCUGCGUUGGAAAAUUUCGAAAAGUUGGAUACUGGACUCUGCAAAGAUCGCUGGAAAGUGCCUCCGGAUGUAGGGAAAAGUUUAUCUGCACGAAUUAGAGUUUGCACGUUAUGCAAGGUGAAGAAAAUUCCGAAAAGCUGAGGAUCGUCCCCGUACACAUCGCACGCAGAAGGCACUGCUGAAGUAGGAAAACGGGUGAGAAACCGUAAUAGCAAUAGCGUGACACGACACGCGUAGAAACGAGACAGAAAACCACGGCGAUACGAGAACGCUUUCUGUUUCUUUCAGGGUGUGGUGGUAAGGUGCCCAUUUGUAAAAGAAAUUAGGUUUAUCCAGUGUUGUAAACUUUGGGCGGAGUGACCUAUUCGCUUUCACGUAUUUCGUCUGCAAGAGGCUGAAUCAGACCUGCGUUGGUAAUAGGUGAAACGUGAGACGAUUGCGUAGCGGUGUCACGCGUCAGGUAAAAUAAGAAUAAGGCGAACAGCAGUAAGAGAAAAUCGACACUCGUCUCGUAGUUAGUGACGCUACUGCAGAUCCUUAUUAUCUGUGAAGUGCUUUUAUAAUCGGCAACAUAUACGUAGCGAGCUACAAAUAAAGUGUUCAUAACCGAUAGAAAACAAUCCGGAAAAAGUCACAACUGAAACAAACGCAUUAGAGUGAUUUAAGGAUAGCCUGUAUAGCGAAAACAUGAAUGAGCUCGAAGCACUGCGACAGGAAGCGGAGACGCUGAAGAACGCGAUACGUGAUGCUCGGAAGGCAGCCUGUGAUACAUCGUUGGUCCAGGCCACGAAUAAUCUGGAACCCAUCGGUAGGAUACAGAUGCGAACUAGACGUACCUUGCGGGGUCAUUUAGCUAAGAUCUACGCGAUGCAUUGGGGUAGCGAUUCUAGAAAUCUAGUAUCGGCAUCUCAGGACGGUAAACUAAUCGUGUGGGACUCGCACACGACGAACAAGGUUCACGCGAUACCCUUGCGUUCGUCUUGGGUAAUGACCUGUGCAUAUGCUCCAUCCGGGAAUUUUGUUGCCUGCGGAGGACUUGACAAUAUCUGUUCAAUCUAUAACCUCAAAACAAGAGAAGGAAACGUCCGAGUAUCACGAGAACUGCCCGGCCAUACAGGAUAUCUGUCUUGCUGCCGUUUUUUGGAUGACAACCAAAUAGUGACUAGCUCGGGCGACAUGUCAUGUGGGCUGUGGGAUAUCGAGACCGGUCAGCAGUGUACAUCGUUUCUCGGACAUACCGGUGACGUGAUGGCACUGUCCGUCUCGCCCCAGUUCCGGGUCUUUGUGUCCGGAGCGUGCGAUGCCUCCGCCAAGUUGUGGGACGUCCGGGAGGGCCAGUGCAAACAAACAUUUCCGGGACACGAGAGCGAUAUAAACGCGGUUACAUUUUUCCCAAAUGGACACGCGUUUGCGACCGGUUCCGACGAUGCCACCUGUCGGCUCUUUGACAUUCGUGCCGAUCAGGAGUUAGCGAUGUACUCGCAUGAUAACAUUAUCUGCGGAAUUACUUCGGUGGCGUUCUCUAAAUCGGGUCGUCUAUUACUGGCAGGCUAUGAUGAUUUUAAUUGUAACGUUUGGGACACACUGAAAGCAGAACGUGCCGGUAUUCUUGCUGGCCACGAUAACCGCGUGUCUUGCUUAGGUGUAACAGAGAAUGGAAUGGCGGUAGCUACCGGGUCCUGGGACUCGUUUCUGCGGGUAUGGAACUAAGCUUUGUGUGCGUUUUUAAUUAUCUAAAAAUAUAAGAUGUAAGAAUCACAAUUUUUAUAACAAAACAAAAGCUGUAAGAAAAGGAACCACAAACUACACACAAAUAUUAAAUUGUUUAGAAAAUUAAUAAUAAAUUAUCAAUAUAAUUAUAAAUCUGAAAAUUUACAUUGUAAAAAAUACCAUACUAGAUUUUUUCUUAUGCGUUACGCUAUUAUAAAGACUCGGUUUAAACGAGAUUUGCGGGACUUUUCGGAAGUAAUUUAACAAGCGAAAUCUAUAUAGCAAUUAGAUGGUAUAUACCGAUAUGUAGUGAAUUAAGAAAUCAAAUUUUAGUGAAGAAGACGAGCGUUAGAGACGAUAGAACCUUUUUUUUGUACAAAUUUAAAGUCAUAUUCGAAUCAACAAUGUUGGCUCGAAAACUUUAGAAGUGCUACUCAUGUCUGCUUGAAAUGUAUCAUUUGCUAAACUUAGCACCUGCCGCGUAUUGUGUGUUAUCAUGCUUAUUGCUAAGUGUUUUAUGUAUCAGGUAUUUAUUAUACAUUUUAAUUGUAAGAAACUUGUGGAAAAUGAAAAGGCAGUUAAGAAACAAUAGAAACGGAAGACGUGGGACUAAACACCGAAUAUAGACUCGUUCGUUUAUAGAUCACGGUUCAAUAAUUUCGAAUAUUGCCAGCCCACCAGGCACCAGAAAUGACGCAAGUUAUGUUAUUUUUCCCAUCCAGUAUAUUCACAUAUUCCUUGGCCCAUCCAGUAUAUUCGGAAGUUCCUUAGAGUUCAAACUUAGAACUAGGGACUUUAUUCAUAUGCAAAUAAGUGGUGCAUAUUGUUGACAACAUAUUGAGUCAGUAUAGCGUUCAACACCGGCACCAUAGUGACAAGAAAAAAAAUGACCCCCAUCGGCUCACCCUCGAGUCGAUACCUAGUCCCACCAGGAGUACUUGCACCAAAUUUGAAGCAAAUCGCAUUUUCACCGCUAGGUGGCACUGUAUGCCUCGUAUUAUCACUGUAGGUGAAAAAAAUUUAUUUAUCUGCAACUUUGUCGAAGACUGCUAGUCAUUUCGGCUUUGUUAAAAGAGGUUAUGAAACAUUUAUUGAAGUGAUGUCUGAGUCAGUUUUGCAUUGGGCGUAGCAGUGCAUGGUUGAAUAUCACUACUCAAACUAAACAUUUUUGUGAAAUAAUGGUGAGAUUUAGCUCAAUAGCACAUUCAGAAGAAUUAUAGUAAAUAAUACGAGACAUGUUUUGGUUGGAAUAUUUUAGUUCCACAUGCUACCGCAUAGAGAACACCAACACUAACUUUUCAACGGAGAGAGAUAGACAUUAUGUGUCUUCUACAAAGUUGUAGAACAGGAAUUUUGCAGCAAUUCUUCCAAACAUUUGCAGCAAUUGUUCCAAACAUCUCGAUAUUACCUCUCUUUUAUGAAAAGAUAGUGUUGACGCCCUCUAUGCGUUCAUGGAACUGAAAGUUUCUAACCAAAACAAUUGACUAAUCCAUGUGCAGUUGUGUUAGUGCGAGAUUGAUGUUAAACCGGGUGGAUUUUUUGCCAAAUGAGGUUAAAUCAGAUGGCGAAUUGUAAACAUCGCGUUAUAUGUAUGUUGUCCAUACACAUUGAAACUGUGUUGGUGUCCUAGAUGUCAAAUAAGUCAAUACUCGUAUUAUUUCCUAUAUAAUUCCUCGGAAGAUACUAUUGAGCUAAACUUACCCGUUAUUUCUGAAAAUGUGUAGUUCGUAGUAAUCAAGUACUGAUACACUGCCCAUAAAAGCAUAAGAGUCCCAUAUAGAUUUUUGUCGAAAAUGAGUUAUCUGUUGGUUUGUAUUCUGUAUCACCACAGAAUCACGAUGCAUAAUUAAGAUUACCAGGUUUGUUUAGAAAAUAUCGAAAAAAAAUACCAAAUCAUGGUUGACAAACCAUAAGACUUAAUGAAAAUGUAAAUCUUGAACAGCGUUUUUCUCGACUUGCUGUUUUGCAAUGUGGUAUUCUUAUGCUUUUAUGGGCAAUACACAACCAUGUACUGCUACGCCCCACACAGAACUGACUCUUCGUUAAAAGUUUUAUUACUUCGUUGAAUGUUGCAUAACUUCUUUUAACAACUCCGGAUUGACUAGCAGUCUUUGACAAAGUUGUAGAAAAUUAAAUUAUUUUUCUUAUUUUCACUUGCAGUGAUAAUACGAUGGGUACAGUGCCACCUAGCGAUGAAAAUGUGAGCUAGUGGUUUUCUCCAUGUAAGUGUUGAAAAAUCCGAUACAAACUUCAGGCACGCUGUUCUUUUAGCUAGACUUGAUUUGCUUUAAAUUUGGUGCAAGUAUUCCUAGUAGGACUAGGAAUCGACUCAAGAGUGGUCCGAUUGAGUUUUCAAAAAUUCAUUAUUUUUCUUGGCAAUCUAACCGGCACGCGUCGUAGAGGGUACGAAUCCCGACCAUAGAUCAGUCAUUGUUUGUCGGGAAUUUAAAAAAGAUCGCGUAAGCCACAUCAAAUUUUGAAAACACACACAGUACUACGGUUAUUUGCUGAUUGAGCAGUAUGGCAGGUUGGCCUGGUAGGUGGUGGUGGUUGUGUCGAAGAUGCCUGUGAAGUCUGUGUUACGUUACAUGUUUUGUAAUAGUAAUUUUCGCGCAGGACUUUCCGUUAUUCACAGCCUGUUUACAUAACUGAUAUGUGGCAAUCAGGUUGUCAGAGAGAUUUUGGAAAAUUUCAUGAUUGAGAGUCAUAAAGGAAGCCAUAGGACCGACUAAUCAUAGUCUCAACAUAAGAACACUGUUCGCAAUGCCCGGAAAAAUGACAUAAAUUUUCCAACUUUACACUUAUAGUGUCACAGCCUGGAUACAGACGAUUUUAAAAACAAUUAAUCUGCAUUUUCUAGUUUAAUAAUCAUCCCACUUCAUGGAUAGAAUCUUGCAGCUUCUCAAAUCAAUAACAACCGUGUUGAUUCAAAAUGGUGGUAAUUAAAAUAAUCUUUCUACGCUUCAAAUUUACCUAUUUUUGUUCACGUACCUCCCGGUCAAACCAUUCGGAAUUUGAUUCGGAAUCCUGAAUGGAGUUGAUAUCCAUACUGACUCCAUUCGGAAAUCCGAACCGGUUCCGGAAUGAGUUUAACUGGGCUCCUGCGAUCUUGUCAUUUUCUCACUUAACGGCUUGUCAUUUUCUCACUUAACAUGCACAAAAAGCGAAAUAUACUGAUGAAAAAUUGAGCAGGGCGAAGAACACUGCAAAGUGCAGAUCACACGUACAAAAUGAAACAUACGAAUUCAAACGAUGCACAAUUUCGCACAAAGUUCUAGCCUGCGAAGUGAACUAAAACUCAAAAUAAGUUUAGGGCCCUAUUCUCACAGUCACGCCACCUAGUGACAAGAAGAAAAUUUCCUUCUAUCCUUGAUCGGGUGAACUAUGUUGACAUCUUUUAUAAUUGCCUUCACUGUUUCUCUACGUUUAGGGUCACGAUGCACACAAAGGGAACUUAAAUUGCACAUAUGGGAGCGAUAAACAGCAAAACGAAUUCGUCAACUCUUGACCUAUUUGGAAAGAAUCGGUUUUAAAAGAUUUGGAAUUUAGUCCAGUUUCUGUGUUCUUAUUAGAGUUCGAAUCCGUUGACUGUUUCCGGAAUCCCUGUGGAGUAUAUCCGACAUCCAAGUAAGCUGAGGGACGAGUUUUGAAGAAACAUCUCAUAAAUUUAAGUAGAAUUUUUUUCGAACAUAUGGCUAUUUUUCAUUUAACCUUCACUAUGGACUAGAAUUGGACCAAUUUUGGUUACUGGAAAACUGUUCCGGGAAAUCCUUUGAAAAUGUAUAUACCUUUGCGUCAUUUCAGAUUUUUGGAUUCAUAGAUUUAUACGAAAUGCAAAGUUCUUCAAAUCAUACGAUUCUGAAAACCGGUUCCGGAUGAAAUGAAAUAAGGACAUUUGACGGCAUUUUGAAAACCAAAAUGGCGGUUUCCGGUUAGCACUAAACAAUUAAAACCAUCAUCAAUAUGGGCAUCAUUUGUAAGAGAAUGAUUAGUAGAAAAUAUUGAUUUUUGAUCCUAUUUUGAAGACCAAGAUGGCGGUUUACGGUUACCAUAAAACAUUAAAAACCAUCAUCAAUAUUGGUGUCAUUCGAAAGGGGGUGGUUAGUAGAAGGCAGAAAUUGAUCAUUGAUGCCAUUUUGAAAACCAAGAAGGUGAUGUCCGGUUAGACAUGCGCACAGCCGGCGGUAGUUGUAACAUACGUCGACGGCGAACAAUAGGCUCGAAAAUUCCCAAUAUUCUAAUUUUUACCAAAAGAAGACAAACUACUACUAUGAUAUAAGUUCACUUAGUUUCCGAUUACUCACCAUGAACAAAAAACAUUAGUUUUAUACUUAUGUUGAAUUUGCUUCCGUACCGCAUUACUUGUGAAGUUUAUUGUUUUUUUUUGUAAAUUUCAUUUACGAUUUCCGCUAUGUCAUUACCAAAUCGACAAUUUAAUGAAUAUUACAAUGACUAAAUGUUGACUCGUGAUUAUAUGCAUAAAUCUACAUUGUUUACGGUCCCUCUAUACGCCCUGAUUGAUUCUGGAUUUAUUACAUCUUGGUGCAAUUCGUGAAAUAUGCAAUUUUGGGCAUGAUCUUAAUUCAGCUUUUUGCUGGUGGCUGCGUUUUCAAAUGCGCACUCUAUUUUGACAAGUCGUUUGUACAGUGUCAACUUUGACAACACGUCAGCGGUGUCAAUUUUGACAAGCGGUCUCAUCAGCCUUGAGUUUCACGGCUAUCAUGUAUCCUGCUUAUUUAUUUUCUUAAUAAACGUUAAACGUCAAAUUUCAAAUUUGUUAGUUUAUUUUCAAACGCCUUUUUCGAUGAUUUUAUUUUCUUCGUGAAUUUAUUUAUAAGCAUAUUUUCAGCUGUUUGAAAGUGUCGAGAGAAUUAUGCGAUUUGAACCUCUGCUCUUACUUAAAUUCAUCCCACAUGAAAUUACUAAUAAUAGCUACACGAAACUUGCUUUUAAACUACGCGGAAAAGCAUCUUCUAACUAUCGUUAGAAGAUGCUCAGUACCUAAACCUAGACCUAAACAAUAUUUGUUCACACCUGAUUUUGAAUACAAAUUUGUAGCAAAAUUUAGCACCAAGAAUUGACAAUUGUCAGCUACAGCUGCAUCUGCGUUUACCGAAGAAAUCGGUAGCAAUUCACCUGACUUAUUAGUUUCGACUAGAUUGAGUAUCGCUGAUUGGUUUUACUCAGUUUGCUAAUCGCCCAAUUACAUGAUAAGACUGAUUAAUUGCCGUAUUGGUCGACCGAUUUUUGUAUGCCGAUUGCGAGUAGCGAAUAGUUUUGAAUAGCAGAUGUUCUGUAUCCACAUUUCGAGUUAAGUGCCGCUGUUGAAUGGGACUACAGUUGACUGUGCGGAUCUGUACCGAAAUCAGUUUAGUCUUUCAACUGAAAAACUAUUUAUAUUUGACGUUCAAUUUUAGUUGAGAGCAGAAGUGAACGCCUACCACGAUCAAAAAAUUGAAUCUGAAGGACGGUUUGUCAAAUUUGACAAGACUGAUGAUUUGUCAAAAUUGACAUUGGACGGACGACUUGUCAAAGUGGGGUGCGCAUUUGGGGACGCAGCCACCAACAAAAAGCUGAAUACUUAAUACGAAACUCUGACAGCUAUUCACGGAUUCGUGAACAGGUUUUUGCGAAAAGUGAGUGAUCAGACCGAGUGAACUUAUAUCUUAGUAGUUUUUUUUGUAAAAGCAAGCAUAUUCGGAACAUUCGAAUGAGUAAAUAAUCGGCGUGGGAAAUAAGUUAAGUUAAAUGAGCCUAUGGUUCAGAGUCGGCGUAUGUAGUAUAUCUAACCCGUGCACAUAUCUAAUCGGAGGUCGCCAUCUUAGUGGUCCAUUUUUGUCUUCCACUGAACACUCCCUUUCAAAUGACACCAAUAUUAUGAUGAUGGUUUUCACUGUUUUGUGGUAACCGGAAAUCGCUAUAAUGGUUUUCGACAUGUUGUUAAAUGUCCUUAUUUCAUUCCAUCCGGAACCGGUGCCGGAAUGGCCAUACUGUAGGAGUGUAUAAUUUGACGUAUUUCGUUUAAAUCUAUGAAUCUAAAAUGCUGGAAUUAUAGAGAGGUAUAUAGAUUUUCGAAGGUUCUCCCGGAAAUAGCUUGGAUGCCCACAGAGAUUCCGAAUAAUUCAGGAAUCGGUCAACGGAUUCGAACGCUAAUAGGGACACAGGCUGGACUAAAUUCCAGAUCUUUUAAAGUUGGUUCCAUCCAAAGCUGCCAAAAAUUAAUGAAAUGACGGCAUAAUUAAAAUGAAAUUUUAAGAAAAAUUAUAACCUGGUAAAGUUUAACAAGAACACAACCAUAAUACAACUGUUCAAUACAUUUGUAGUCAGAUUUUUGCCGUGCAAAGCGCUACCACCGAUUGGUCCCCAUUCACCGAUCAUUUUGAUUCAAAAAUCGUUUUAAUUCGAAUACUGAACGAAAUUUAGGAAUUAUAAUUAAAGCGAAACAUGAAAGUAGUACGUACAACAUAAACACAAUACAAAUUUUCAGUAUACAUCUUUUCUUAAUUCGCCAAAUAAGCAUUUUUGUAUGCAAUGUUGCAUCAAACGCCAUUUUUGCGUUGUUUUUUUGUAACUUAUAAACCUAGAAUUUUCAAUAUAAAUAAUGAUCGGUAAAUGGGCCUUUGAAAAUUCUAUUUACUGAUCACGAAAUAAUUAAGCGCAUUCAGACCGCAAUUUGCAAAAGGUGUGAAUACUCCGAUAAGCAAUUGCAACUGGCGUUAGCUACAGUUGAACGUGGUAUGUCAAUCCAAUACCCGGUAAUCCACUGGUUAUGAAGAACUCUGAAUUUAUGAGUGAAUUUCGAGCGUCAAAAGUUAAUGUUAGGUCUGUUUCAGUGCCAGGAGAAACCUGAAAUACUCCGGAGCAAACAGAAAAUUCGUCGGAGAAGUUCGUUCCUGUAUUCACUUCUCUUUUUGUCUUUUUCGGGGAAGAAAAACGGAGCGAAUAGGACAAAGUUUUUUUUUUUUACUCCUGUUUGCUACGGAACUACUGGAAGCAAGAAGCGUGUUUUGUAACAAACCCAUUUUUGUUUUCAGGUUGAAUUUUUUACGACCCUGAAUAGAUGCAAUCUCGUGAAAUUUUUCUGUUUACCCAGGGUUAGGUUUUACCCUGGUCAUAUCCAGACUUCGCUCAUAAUCAUCGCCAAUCACCCAUAACUUAUCAUUGACCGACUAAUCGUCUGUGCAGCAUGCACCCACAGAGAACAGCUUGUGUAAACUUGUGUAAAAAUCCCUAACGGUUUCGAAAGUAGUUGGGAUAUCUAAACCAGGUGCGCUGCUGUCGUCAUGUUUUUGUGGCUGAGUUCGAAUGAAUUGACAGUGGUUAUUUCUCUACCCAGUCAAACUAGUCCGGAACCGGUGUACUGUUUACCUAAUUUGAUAUCGCAAACAAACAACAAAUACUUACUUGUUGUUUACUUGUUUUCAAUUAGCUCUCAUGAAAUACAAGAAAAUUUCUAAAUGAUCGAUGAAAUAGUGCAAAAAAAACUAACGCUUAUUCUUCUUAGUUAUUAGAAAAGUUUGUGGCAAAAUCAACAGUAAAUUCAUUAACAUAUUGCAAUCAAUAGUAUUCUGGCUACUUAUGUCGAAUCGCCUAGCAAGAAUAUAUGAGGUUAUUCCGAGCAAACUGACAGAGGCAAGAGUGAUAGGCCUUCGCAGAUUUCAGCUAAUGCUUAAGUUCAAGUAUAGCCCAUAUAUAAAAACUCUGAUUUAGUAUUAAUAUUUGGAUGAAUUAUUAAAAGCCUCGAUCGGGUAUUUCACAAUUUUCAACCAACUUUUAUGAUGAUACUGUUUCUUAGGAACGAAGCAACGAUAUUGACGCCAAUUCAUUCGCAUUCCGUCGUUUGAAGACCUAGUAAGUAACGAAAUAUUGCGUCCCCUUCCCUAACAGAGCUCAGAUAGAUUGCCCAUUAAAGCAUAACAGUCCCAUAUGAAUUUCUGUUAAAAAUGAAUUAUCUCCGUCGGAUUGUAUUCUGAAUCACCUUUAAUUCACAUUGACAAGUAAGACUACCAGGUUUGUUUAGAAAAUAUGAAGAAAAAUACCAAUUUAUGGUUGUCCUAUCCAAAACGCUCAAUGAAAAUGUAAAUCUUGAACUGCGUAUUUUUCGGUUUACUGUUUUUUUCAAUAUGGGACUCAUGCCUCACAGAACAGUAGACAUUGUUGCAAAAAUCGAUAGAUAAGCUAGCUAAGAAUAUACCGCCACAAAUUCAAAUCUCAAUUCAGGGUAUUUUCGAAAAUAUAGAACCGAACGCAUAGGAGCUCCCAACAGGUGUGCAAGCGCACGGACGAACGUGGUUGUGGGGAAUACCACAUACUCGUCCACUCGAUACUCACGCGUUUUCUUCACAUUCCACAGUUAAGGUACUUUUGAAAUAGUGGGAAACAAAACAAAAAAGAUUAUGACCGAUUGGAAUAAAUCAAAGUUUGUUCUCUUCCAAAUUGAAUUUUUCUUUAUAUGAACCUAGAAUCGAGCUGCAUUUUUCCCGUCAAUUUGGUACUAUAUGUAGUGAAGAACCGCUUCACUAAUUGUCUCAUAAGUCUGAACAUUUUGAACGAAAAAAAUUAUUUUUUUUCAAGAUUUUUUUAUACGAAUGAGUGAAAUUUUAAAAAAUUAUGUGAUUUCUUUCAUUCGCAGAAAAAAUCGCAAUUAAAAGUUCUUUUUUGCCUUCUAAAGCAGGUAACCACCUUAAACUAACAUUGAAUUUAUCUCUCGAUGCAAGAAUUUAUAUUACGGAAAUUCUUUUGCCGAGAUAUUUUUACAUAAAAACAUUUGUACUUUUAAUAUAAGAGAUACAGUGUUUUGAAUCCAAAAAGUCUCAAUUUGUAAUAUAGAUUCGAAUUCCUUCUAAAUUGAAUAAAAUACGGAAAGGCCGAUUAUAAGUUUGAACGUUUUUUACCACUUCAGGGUACUUCAUGCCUAAAAAUGGUGCAGUGUAUUCUUUCAUAGUCAUUUUCCAGAUUGGAUAUACCACCAUCACAAGGCAUUGAUAUAUUACUUUAUCGACUCUAUUUUCCCUUGAUGAUCUAAAUGCCGUGUAUCUGCCACACUCACCAUCUAUAAAUGCAAACAAUGUGUGACUGUUUUACGCCACUUCCCAAUAUCGCAAUGAUUUAAAUUUAAAUUAUUAAGUAUAAGGUAUGUUUUCUAAUCGAAAUAUAAAGUUAUUUGAAUGAUCAAUCUCUGACAAACGAAAUAAAACGCGAACUGACCGAGGAAUGAUGGAGUUUAGAACACGGAACAAAAUUAUAGUUAUCGAUCAUUAUCUAUAGUCGUAAAUAAUGUGAUGAGUGUGUAAAAAACUUAGCAAAAAGUAAAAGCUACAAACAGAGAAAUCAUGAAAAAUCAUUAAACAUCGCUAAUAUAAUAAAUAAGAAUAACAAGUUUAGCAACAACCAACUAUAGCCAUUAGCACAGAUAGUAUGCAAAAGUCUAAUAUAACUACCAACAAUAAGAAAAAAAAUGUCGGCUAGGGAAACUACUAAAAUCAGUAUGAGAACAGCACACAAAGUAAUACGCUACAUGUAAUUGCCAAAGAGAAUCUUACUAAGAGCAAAUAAAAUUCGCAUAAAAUUUAA